CUGAUACUUUCACCUACAGUAUGAAGCUGCAAGACAAGCCGAUGACCAGAAGAGGCAUUUUAUCAGUAGUGAAUUCCAUCUACGACCCACUUGGCUUUCUGGCUCCAGUCAUCUUGCCCGCUAAACUUCUGUUGAAAGAUCUUUGUAAAGAAAAAUACGGAUGGGAUGAGAACAUUGGCGGAAAACACGCUGAAGAUUGGAAAAGAUGGAUCAAAGACGUCAGUCAUCUCUCUACCUUCCAUGUGAGCAGGUGUUUGAAGCCUACAGAUUUUGGAUGCACUGCAGCAGCACAGUUACAUCAUUUUUCAGACGCUUCAGAGUCUGCAUACGGCACAGUGUCUUAUCUGCUGCUAGAGAAUAGCCAAGGUGAGAAGCGUUGUGCAUUCCUCAUGGGGAAGUCAAGAGUGGCCCCACUCAAACUGGUCACCAUUCCCAGACUGGAGUUGACUGCAGCAGUUGUCGCUGUUAAAAUAGACAAGAUGUUACAUCAAGAGCUUCAAGUUCCACUGCAACGAUCUAUUUUCUGGACAGACAGCACUACAGUGCUCAGAUAUAUUGACAGUGAAACUGCUCGUUUUAAAACAUUUGUUGCGAACAGAAUCUCGUUGAUCCGAGAAGCAACCAAGCCAUCGCAAUGGAAGUACGUCAGAACAACGGAAAAUCCUGCAGAUCAAGCCAGCAGGGGCCUGAAAGCUAAGAGUUUGGUCCAAGGAGGAAUAUGGAUCAAUGGGCCGGACUUCUUGCUGAACAAUGAAUGUGACUGGUCAGAACAGCCUGUGCAAAGGAAAGAAAGCUUUCAAAAUGAUCCGGAAGUCAAGAAUGGAGCUACAGUCAAUAUGAUCAAAGUUGAAGAAAACAUUGAACCAAUUAACAAACUAAUCAACUAUUACUCGGACUGGCAUAAACUAAAAAGAUCAGUGGCCUGGAUUUUAAAGGUGAAGGAAAAUCUGUGGAAACUGAAAGAGGAAAGAAAGGAAAUAUCAAGAACUAUCAGGCAAACUGAAAAGGACUCUGAAAAGGAAAGAUCAAAGUUAAAACAACAAAUGAAGAAAUUCAAAGCAACAGAAAAUAAAUCACUUACCUUGGACGAUCUAGUUGCUGCAGAGUCAGAAAUUAUCCAAUUUAGUCAAAAACAACAGUUUGGAGAAGAAAUCAAAGUACUGGAGAAAGGUAAACCGCUCAGACGCAGCAGUCAGCUGUUCAAACUGGAUCCGAUUCUUCAAGAUGGCACGUUAAGGGUUGGCGGAAGACUCAACAAGUCUGCCAUGCCAGAAAAUGCAAAACAUCCAGCAAUUCUUUCAAAGCACAGCAGAGUUGCUACAUUGAUUUUGAGAGACAUACACCAAAGAACAGGACACUGUGGACGCAGUUAUGUCUUGGCACAACUGAGAUGCAGGUACUGGAUCCCACAAGCCAAUUCUGCAAUUCGAAAGAUAAUCAACAAAUGUACAGUGUGCCGCAGGAAUAAUGGAAAGGUUGGUGAGCAAAAGAUGGCAAACCUGCCUGAAGAUAGGGUCUUGCCAGAUAAACCUCCUUUCACAAAUACCGGCGUUGAUUUCUUCGGGCCGUUUGACACCAAGCGGGGCCGGGAACAGUCAAAAGGUACGGCGUGA